AUGCGUCUUUUCGACUGCAAGCGCUUGCAGCUGGUGUCUGGACAAGAACUGAUGGGGAUCCAGGGCUUCGACCUUUCACAGCUCAAGAUCGCACAGCCCAGCUACCGGCUCUACAACCUGAUGGCAGGUAAUGCCAUGACAGUGAGCGUCCUUACGGCAUGCGUGGUUGGCUUGCAAGCGUUUGCUCUGCCGAGCAGUAUUUCUGACGAUGGUACGUUUGGGCGACCCCCGCUGCGAGCGCCGGCUGUGUCAGAUGGCAUUAUGGUCAGCGAUAGUAGCCAGAGCAGCGACAGUAGCGACAGUGAGGGCACAUCUGUUUCCCGGUCUUUGACAGAGUCCCAGCAGUCCCAGCGUGUGCCAGCGCCGUUCUUUGUUGGACGCCUGACCAAUAUCAUGAGUGACGUCGUGAAGGAUGAACCUCAGACGGAUGAUGAGGCAGAUGAGCAGACCUUCGCGAUAGCUUUCAAGCCCGGUACGACGUGCAACACUUGUGAGCAGGAGUUCGGGAAGCCCGACGAGGAUUUUCCGCCCGAGGCGGAAAUGGAGCCGGAGAUCUUGCUGCCAGUGCGGCAGUUCGCUUGCACAUGCAAGCAGUGCGUGUACGUUCACCGAGGCGGGUUCCUGGGAUUGCAAGUUGACCACUCCGGAUCCUUCAAGAAAAUGACUUUGGUGGAGCUGAACAGGAAGAUGCGAGAGAACAAGGACGUCAAAAAGUUCAAGGCUUUGCGCCGCGAGCAGCUCCGCAAUCGAAUCUUGUAUCCAGGAAAACGCGCGAGGCACGAGAUGGUCGAUAUGAAGACCUUCGAGAAGAAGGAUGAAACCUUCCUGGAGAUCGCACAGACCGGCGAUUGGAAGAGCGUGGACAGAAUUGUGCAAGAGCACAAUGUCGAGCACAAGUACAAGACGCCCAAGGCGAAGCUUAACUACGUGCAGAAGGUCUUGAAGCUCGAAAUCACGUUGGACGACCAGAAAAGGCCGGGAGUCGUCUUCGGCGACGAGGACCCCGAGGUCAAGAAAGUGAAGUUCGGCCGGCGCCUGUCACAUGCCAAGGUGCACUCCAAGGAGGUGGGCAACAAUGAGGAGAUGGAGGCUGAGGCAAACAAAGCUUCGUCAUCAGUGGCAUGCAAGAUGGAGCAGAAGGACGACGUCAUCGUGUCCAGGAGGAAAAGUGGCAAAUCCGCCCCCGAGAUAAAGGUGAAGACGGAAAAGGUGAAGACGGAGGCUUUGGGCCGAUUCUGUGUUGUUCGUUGGGAAGUGAGGUCUGAUGUCUGGGGUGUCGUGCGACGGAAGAGCGACACAAAGUCGGAUGAUCCUCCUUCAGCCAAGAAGGCCAGGCGAAGCGAGACUUCGAUAGAGGAGUUGCGCCUGCUUGUCGGGACCGUGACAGCGGAAGGCAUGUUGAAGCAGAAGCCGGGCUGUCGACCUGCAGAUGUGACCAACAAGGCGGGCAAGGCCAGCGCCCUGUCGGAGGAAUGGCUCAAAGAUCCCGAGACGGCGGACAUUGGAAAGGAGGCUAAGUCGGCAUCGCAGCUGCUCCUGGAAAUGCUUGCUUUGACAGGCAGUAUCAGCGAGUCCUGCCGAGCAGCAGUGGGCGACGCGGAAACAGCGAAUCACUGGAAGUCCAGCAUCAACAGCUUUAGCAAGGACAACGCGAAGACUUGCAUUGUCGCAAUUGCAGAGAAGUUGAUCCAGGAGGACUGUGCCCUCUUCCUGGAUUUCAUCCGUUGCGCGGAGCCCUCCCCAGGCUCCUCAGCAGCGUGUGUGACGCUGCACGACUUUCGGGAGAAUUUCAGCGAGAAGGAUCUGCUGCUCCUGCAGGCUUCCUCCUUGAACGCCUUCUUCGAUUUGUUUCGGGAUGCGACAUCGUUCGACAAGUUUGAUGCUGCGUUGAAGCCCAGCACCUUUCAUCCGGAGAUCGCGAGGAUCAGCUUCGAGACGUUGCAGCCGGCAACAUUGGAAUCACCCGAUGUGGCAUGGAAGAACGAUAGCGGGCUGGCAACACAGGCCGUCUUGGACCUGGCCUACCUCCACCUUCUCCGGCUGAGCCAGCAGCCCGCGGAUUCCAUGGAUGCAACACAGCGGCGGGACAUCAAGAUGAUCAUGUCUAGGUGUGGGAAGUUGAGCAUGCGGCUUCGGCUCUUGCAGCGGAAGGCCCACGCGGAUGCUUCUCAGAUUGCGCUGGACACCUGCUCUGUGGAAUCAAGUGUCAAGGAUGCUGAGGUCAUCUUGUCAGAACUCCAGCAGCUUCGGGGUCUUCUCGAAGCUGCAAGCAACGACCACUCCAAGGCUGAUGGCUUGAACCUCCGCCCGUAUGCUCGGGCAAAGGAGGUGUUGUCCUUGUUGCCCGAGACCUCUGAUGCAGAGUCGCCUGCAGCUGCUGCGAAAAAGGCCCUCGGCGAGGAGCUGCCACAAGUGGCAGCUGCAGCUUUGUCGCUGGCAACUUCGUUGCAGGGUUCCGCUGGAUUGGCAGAGUUGUUGAGCUGGUGCGAUCAGCAGUUCACCGGCGACGCACUGGUCUUCAGUGCAUUGCUGCAGGAGGAGAUCCUGCCGAUGUUGCAAGCAGGACAUCUGCUCCGGCAAGUGUCCAUCACGGGAAAAGGCCAGCGACAAGCCAAGAUGGUUCUGGGGAUGCUGAAGGAGCUGAUGACACUGCCAUCCAUGCAUGGAACAGUGGCGGUGGCCGAGACCGCCAACUUCGACAAGACGCUGGUUUCGGCCAGUAGGUGCGUUGCGGUUUGCAAAGACCUGGACCCCGCCGAGUCGCCGGAUUGCACCUUCUUCCGGCCGUUGCUGCCAAAGAUCGUUGGCAUCCGCGAUCGCAUCACAUCGUCGAUCUGUCAUGCGAUCAAGACUUUGCUCGCGCAGGCGCAGGCGCAGGCCGGUGAUGACAUGCAGAAGUUCACGAAGUAUGUCAAUGGGCAGUUCCGAUCAUUUGCUCAGUAUGUUCCUGAGGCCAAGGAGCUCGUGGAGGGUGCUCGCCAUUUGGGUGAGGUGUUGCUGGAGCUGAAGCAACGAGUUCUUGAUUUCAAGAAGCCAAUGGUCUUGAAGGCUUCGGAAGUGCAGCAGCAACACGGUGUUGUUGUGCGUGCAUGCGCCUUGGACCCGGAGCUCUUGCGAAGCAGCGGAUUCGGACCCUUCGUGGAGAACUGCCUUUCCGAGUUUCAGCUUUCCAUGGAGGAGUUGAUCGGCACGGAAGACAUGUUGAUUGAAGGCCUGGAGAAGCUGAUGCACCCCUACCAGCCAUUUGCUUGCAAUCAGAGUCGGUCCAUUCUCGACGUGAGCCACUCGUGGCAGGAGGACAGCAUCCGAGCCUUGGUGGAGAUGCCGGAUUUCCCCGGCGACAGCGACAGCAUGAUCCGUCAGAUGCAGGCGCUGGAGCAUGAAUGGACACCGCUGAUCGGUUUGGGCAAGGCGACAGGCGGCAAGAGCGAAUGGACCGAGCUCUACGAAAGCUUCAUCCGGGUCGCAGGAAAGAUCCAGGAGCUGAAGCUGAAGGCUGGGCUGAUCGGCGUCAACAUGGGCCUUUGUGAGCUGAUCAUCAAUGCCACGAAGUAUGACGUGCAGAAUGCAUACCGUGACAUGCUGUCUGUGGCCACCGGCUGGGAGGUCCAGGCUCAGAUCCCUCAGAGCCUGAAGCACAGAGUGGAGGGCGUGAUCAAGCAGCAGCUCGCUGUGGAGAAAGGCGGCAACUCCGACCGCGAGAAGGGCUCGGCCGAGAAGCAGCAGCAUCACAAGAAGGAAAAGAAAGACAAGAAAGAGAAGAAGGACAAGAAGAUCAACGGCUAA